AUGAUCGUGAUCACCUGGGUGCAGCCUGUCAUUUACACCGCCUUCGGCAUUAAGGUGUACAGCUACGGCGUGUGCGUCGCUGCGGCGUUGGGCUCCUGCACGCUGGCCAUGUCCAGGGACCUCGACCGCCUGGGCAUCAACGCGGAGGCCGUGCUGUUCAUGAUGUGUUUCAUCCCCGGCUUUUGGUUCGGCUCGAAGGCUCAGAUGGUCAUCUCGGCAUUCUUCUCUGGGGAGCCAAUGCCCUCUCUCGGUCUUGAAACCGGCCACUCAUUCAUGGGCUCUGCGAUUGGUGGCGUGACGACAUCCGCUUUGUACGGUAUCUGGUGUGGCCUGAGUCCAGCCCGCCUCGUGGACCUCAUAGCGCCGUUGGUCCCUCUUGGCCAUGGUAUUGGAAAAUGGGGCUGCUUUCUCUCUGGUGAUGGUUGCUACGGCAAGAAGGCAUCACCAGACCUGCCUUGGGCGAUGAGCUUCCCGAACGGCAUGGUACCCGUCCGCGAAGCAGUUCAUCCGACGCCUCUGUACGAGAGUAUCUUAUCAUUGACGUUGUUUGCUUACCUUCACUUCUGCCUAUACAUACCAGCGCCAGGCGGCCGGUCCCUGAAAGUCGGGCGGCGGACGGCAGUCACGCUGGUGCUCUACGGGAUCGAGCGCAUGCUGAUAGAGCCGUAUAGGAGGCAUCCGGCCAGCGAGGCGUUGAUGGGACUCACGGAGUAUCAGUUCCUGGCCGUGGUGUUCGUCUUCGUUGGGCUGCUCUUGACGGUGUGCAUACCGCGGUCUUCGCAGUGGCCCCUGGAUCCUGAGAAGCAGAAGGCUGCGUGA